UCCGAAUGAAUCACAAGCUACUGACUCUACCAACACCAUGUUCCUUCUUCCUUCUCCUUCGUCCUCCUACCUAAUGAAGCACCAGAGUCACAAUGCUCUCUGGUUUCGAGGACUCCCUUAUGGUAGUGGCAAGCUAAUACGGCACAUCCGGUGUGCGAAGAGAACCGGAAAACAGAGGUACCCAUCGGAGAAGAAGAGGCUGAGGACAAAGCAGAAAGAGCUCUUAUCGGAUUCCAAGGAGAAGAGCAAGUUUGAGGGCACAUGGAGGCUCUUCAAGCUCGCCGUUCCUCUCGAUCAAGACCCUGGCAAAGACUCUCUCCAUGUCUCCGAUGCCCUUCUACAACAAAUCGCCACAGUUCUCAAGUUCCCGGUUGCUUCGCUGUUGCCACCAGAGGCUUUCACCAUCGUUAGGAAGUCCUUUGAUGCUAGGAAGAAAUUAAAAGAGCCCAAAUUUGUGCAUACUGUGGACAUGGAUGUCCAAAAGCUCAUCAGUCUGGAGCCUCGUUGUUGGGACUUCAUUUCUCGGCUGGAGCCUAAAGUUGGCCUUGUGGAACGUUUGCAUGAUGAAAGAGAUUUUGGUGAUCUGGCGAGUAUCAUUCACGACAGUAAAGAAAAUAAAGUUGCAUUGAAAGGGGAAAAUGGACAUAGCAUUUUCUCAACAGAGUUUUACAAGAACCAGGCUACGAGAAAACCAAACAUUGCAGUAGUGGGAAGUGGGCCCUCUGGCCUAUUUGCUGCCCUUGUUCUUGCAGAGCUUGGUGCAGAUGUUACUCUGAUAGAAAGAGGUCAACCAGUAGAAAAAAGGGGGCGUGAUAUUGGUGCUCUUGUAGUUCGUCGAAUUUUAGAAUUGGAAAGUAACUUCUGCUUUGGAGAGGGUGGUGCAGGUACCUGGAGUGAUGGGAAGUUGGUAACCAGAAUUGGACGCAAUAGUGGCAGUGUCCUUGCAGUUAGUUCGUUUCCUUAUGUAGUAUUUAUGAAGUUGAUAUGUGCAUCCUGUGUUAUGAGAACUCUAGUGCAUUUUGGAGCUCCAAAACAGAUAUUGAUUGAUGGAAAGCCUCACUUAGGAACAGAUAGGUUGGUUCCUUUACUUCGCAACUUUAGGCAACAUCUGCAAAAUUUGGGUGUCACCAUAAAGUUUGGGACAAGAGUAGAUGAUUUAGUUAUAAAAGAUAGACAUGUUCUAGGGGUUAUGGUAUCUGAGUCAGCUGAUAAAUUACAUUUAACAAGUCAGAAGAUGGAAUAUGAUGGAGUUAUUCUGGCUGUUGGUCAUUCUGCUCGUGAUAUAUAUGAAGUUCUUCUUUCUCACAAUGUGGAAUUAAUACCCAAAGAUUUUGCUGUAGGGCUACGAAUUGAGCAUCCUCAAGAACUAAUAAACAGCAUACAGUAUGCUGAAUUGGCUUCCGAGGUUUGUCAUGGACGUGGUAAAAUUCCAGUGGCAGAUUACAAAGUUGCCAAUUAUAUUGACAAGGAGGAUUUCAAUGACGUAUCUGAUUCAGGGGUGACAAAUCGUAGUUGUUACUCUUUCUGCAUGUGUCCAGGUGGGCAGGUUGUUCUCACUAGUACAAGUCCAUCAGAAAUAUGCAUCAAUGGCAUGUCAUUUUCUCGGCGAGCAUCUAAGUGGGCAAAUGCCGCACUUGUGGUUACUGUCACAACAAAGGAUUUCGAAGCUUUGAAUUAUUAUGGUCCUCUUGCCGGGGUCAAAUUUCAGAGAGAGUUUGAAAAAAGAGCUGCUAUGAUGGGAGGAGGAAAUUUUACAGUGCCUGUCCAGACAGUUACAGAUUUUCUUGAGAACAAGUUGUCAGUAACAUCUGUACCCCCGUCAAGUUAUCGAUUGGGUGUGAAGGCAGCAAACCUCCAUCAACUAUUUCCCAUUCAUGUAACUGAAGCUUUGAAACAUUCACUUGUAACAUUUGACAAGGAGUUACCAGGAUUUAUCUGCAAUGAUGCUCUCCUUCAUGGUGUAGAGACUAGGACUAGUUCCCCAAUCCAAAUUCCACGCAAUGGUGACACUUAUGAAUGCACUUCGGUAAAAGGACUAUAUCCAGUUGGUGAAGGAGCAGGCUAUGCUGGAGGGAUCAUUAGCGCAGCAGUAGAUGGAAUGCAUGCUGGUUUUGCUGUGGCAAAAAAAUUCAGCUUGUUUCAUGGAGAUGUUGAGUCUGUUCUGGGCAAGGCUCAAAAUGUUGGAGUUGUCAAGUACUAGGAAGAUCUAAGUUUCUUCAGACACUGUCUUUGGUGGGAGGAACGCCAACUUAAACAAGUUAUCUUCUACAUUUUUGAGUUGUCAGUUUCAGCUUGUCGUGGAAGAACAUCGAUGAUAAUUGCCACAUCUCUCUCUGUCAUAUUUGCUAACUAGGUUGUCUUACUGGAAGUUGAUACUUGUAGCAAGGACCUGUGAAUAUUGGACUCUGUGGCUGCAAUUUAGGAAGAUCACGAAUUUGACAACAUUAAUGUGGCUACCCAUGAUAUAUAGAAACAUAGAAUGUAGUAUUUUACUAAAGCAAUUGUAGACGGUGGCACCAUUAAACUCCAGACGUAUGGUCAAGUUCUCAGUAAUGCCUAUGUACACAGUUUUUUAUUGAAAAAACAUGGAUCUAUCAUAGUACCGGUCUGCUCAAUGUAUUUACAACCGAAUCAAGGGCUGUUGAACUAGACUCAAUUUUUUUAUUUUUUUUAUAGAAAUUCCAUCUUUCUUCUCCAUGUAUCCCUAAAACUAAGAGCAACUCCAACGGAAGAGUUUCUCCUGACAUGUAACAGUAAAAGAAAUUGUUUGACGUCACUUUUCUUGUGGGAGAGAAACUUUUGCGGGUUGGUCUUAAUUUUUGGAGGUGCUACUGUGAGCAAUCGUUGUUCUUCCUCUUUGGUGGGUCCACUUGCAAGAAAUAUGAAUAAAAAAUUGUAGUUACCAUAUUUUUUGAUAA